AUUUGAAUUACUAUAAAGAUCAUACAUACAUGAUCAUUCUUUCGAUCCAAAUCACUCUCUUCACCUCUAUUCCUAUCAUUUACUUUGACUUAAAAUACCAGUUACAAUAUCAGUUAUACAAUGGCGCCAAUUAUUGUGCUAAUUACCGGUGCUAACAGAGGUAUCGGGAAAGGUCUUCUUGAACUUUACCUUGCUAACCCUAAUCAUACCGUCAUUGCUGCUAACCGUGACCCUGAUCACCCAAGUUCUAAGGCCCUUUUGGAGCUUCCCAAGGCCGAAGGAACAUCACUUGUUGUGAUUAAGAUUGAUGCUACGGUUCGCACAGAUCCACUGGAUGCUGUGAAGGCACUCCAUUCUCAAGGCAUUGACCACAUUGAUAUUAUAAUUGCAAAUGCUGCCCUUGCACUCUCGUGGCCCAAGGUUCGGGAUGUCGACACCGACGAGAUUCAAAAGCACAUAGUUCCCAAUGUGUACGGCUUCCUAUGGCUCUUCCAAGCCUUUCGUCCCCUGUUGAAAGACGCGGGUAAUCCAAUCUGGGUAACGAUUGGCUCCAGCGCCGCAUUUCUCACGCACAUUGUAGUCUUGUAUCAGUAUCAUAAUAGUUCUAAUUCCAUAUGCAGGAACAUGAUCACAGCGCAGAAUGCCUCUUAUGCUCCAACAAAAUCAAUGGUUCAUUGGUAUACCAAGUCAAUUCAUAUCCAAGAGCCAUGGCUUACCGCGUUCCCCAUCGACCCAGGAUUCGUUCAGUCUGACAUGGGUAAUCGUGCUGCUCGGACUUUCGGAUGGGAGAAAGCUACAAUUACCGUAGAGGAGAGCACUACGGGAAUUGUCAAGGUGGUUGACGUUGCAACUAGAGAUACGCAUAGCGGGAAAAUGUGGCGGUAUGAUGGCAAAGAAGUGCCAUGGUAA